AUGGACGAAAAAUCUGCGCCUACCUCACUCGAGGAUCGCGACGAUGAAAUCUUUCACGUCCAACCUAGACCCGAAGUCCGAAUCAGAUUCGGCGCACAAGAUGAAGAGGCGGGCAGACAAAUAAACACGCUCCCUAGAAUGACCCGGACAGCCACAAAUAACUCGCAGCUAUCAACCACAAGCUCAAGGCGCCGCAGAGUUUCCAUCGAUCCAGCAACUGCUCUGCCAAUUACUUACCGCACGGUAUCUUUUGCCAUUGAAGAAACUAAAGAAAAACAGCGAAUCGAUGCAGAUCGUGCAAAGAAGGGCGCUGCAGCUGAGCUUGGUGAUUUGGAGUGGCAUACUUUGUCGACAGACGAUGUUGUAAAUCGGUUAGAAACAUCACUCGCUCAAGGUCUGUUAAAAGAACAGGUUGAGGUCAAGACAAAAGAGUUUGGAAAGAACAUGCCUUCGAAGCCACCUUCAAACUUAUUCUCGAGGGUCUUCGGAUAUCUAUUCGGUGGAUUCGGAUCCGUGUUGCUGAUUGGUGGUAUUUUGGUCACCAUCACCUAUGAACCACUAGGAAAACCAAAUCCGGCACAGGCUAAUCUUGCUCUUGCAAUUGUCCUCUAUGCUGUCUUCGUCAUCCAAGCCCUAUUCAAUGCAUGGCAGGAUUGGUCGUCGUCUCGGACGAUGGCAUCUAUCUCCGGUAUGCUUCCCGACGACUGCUUUGUCCUUCGCAAUGGCAAUCGCGAAGAACUUGCUGCAGUUGAUCUAGUUCCCGGUGAUAUACUUUACAUAAAGGCCGGUAACAAGCUACCUGCAGAUGUUCGGUUCGUUGAAAUAUCAUCCGAUGCUAAAUUUGAUCGCUCCAUCUUGACUGGCGAAUCACAACCUAUUGCCGGUUCAGUCGAAAAUACAGAUCUCAAUUAUCUGGAAACGCAUAACAUUGGUAUGCAGGGAACUCAUUGCAUCUCCGGGAGCGCGAUAGGAGUCACUGUGAGCACAGGAGAUAAGACUGUCUUCGGCAAGAUUGCUAAAUUGACCAAUACGCCGAAGACAGGCAUGACGACACUGCAAAAGGAGAUAUUGAGGUUUAUCAUAAUCAUUUGUUCCAUCAUGAUAUUUUUCAAUAUAGUUGUCAUUGUCUGUUGGUCUGCGUGGUUAAAGCAUUCUCACCCUGACUGGAUUUCCACUGCCGGAUUGAUUAUUGACAUUGUAACAGUGGCAGUGGCAUUUAUUCCUGAGGGUUUACCCAUCGCACUAACCGCUUCCCUGACCAUCACGGCGAAUAUCAUGAAGAGCAAUCAAGUCUUAUGCAAAUCCCUAAAGACUGUCGAAACAUUGGGAGCUGUAUCAGUCAUUUGCUCGGAUAAGACCGGAACAUUAACAAAGAACAAGAUGUUUGCAACCGAGUGUUCAAUCGCAGAAAAAACAAUGACACCUGAGCAAGCUGUUGAAUUCCAAAAUCUCAAUGGCAAGACUAUCAACUCCGUAGCUCAAUUGCGAUCCCUGGCAUGUUUAUGCAAUGCUGGCGAGUUCGAUGCUGCUACGCUCAAUUUGCCUCUCGCGGAAAGGAAAAUCGCGGGAGAUGCGACAGAUCAAGCAGUUCUCCGGCUAUCAGAAACAUUUGGAGAGGUUCGACAGUUGCAUACGUUAUGGAGGAAGACUUUCGAACUAGCAUUCAACAGCAAGAACAAAUUCAUGAUUAGAACUCUAAGGCUGUCUGACCCCGAAGGCUUGAAACUUGCAGUAUCACCUGAGGAGCUAGCCGAAUGGAGAAAUGAGGAUCUUCUGAUGACCAUCAAAGGAGCCCCAGAUAUUCUAGUGGAGCGUUGCACUAAAUACGUUGGUGAAGAUGGGCAUGUGUACCCGUUAAAUUCGGAGAUGAAGACGUCUGUCGAAGAGAUAAAAAAUAGAUGGUCAACUCAAGGAAAGAGGGUAAUUCUACUUGCAAGAAAAGUGCUCCCAGGCCACCAAAAACAACAUAGGCCUGAAAACAACACUUUCGAGGCCGAGAUCAUGCGACAGGCUGGCAGCGAUUUGACUUUAGUGGGACUUGUUGGCAUCGUUGACCCUCCCCGAGAUGAAAUUCUGGAGGUAGUCAAGGUUCUAAGGAGAGCUGGUAUCCGAAUUUUCAUGGUCACUGGUGAUUUCAAACUCACAGCUCAAGCUAUUGCUAUUGAAUGUGGGAUUAUUACUACCCCUUCUGAGAUGAUUCACGAUGUUUCUAAACUCAGCAGAAAUGGUAUAGAGACCCCAAAAAGUAUUUCAAGUGGUGUCAUAUCUGAGAAAGACGUGGACUCUAAGCACGGAGAUGCGAGGUCGAUAGCUCUGAGCGGUCCGGAUUUGAUGAGUUUGAACGAUAAUCAAUGGGAUCAACUUUGUCAAUAUGAAGAGAUUGUUUUCGCACGUACUACUCCUGAGCAAAAGCUACGCAUCGUUAAAGAAUUUCAAAAACGUGAAAAUAUCGUAGGUAUGACGGGCGACGGAGUCAACGAUGCCCCAUCUCUUAAGGCCGCCGACAUUGGUAUCGCUCUCGGAAGUGGCUCAGAUAUUGCCAUUGAGGCUGCCGAUAUGGUCCUUCUCGAUUCCUUCGGUGCCGUUGUCGAAGCCGUCAAAUAUGGACGUGUAGUCUUUGACAACCUCAAGAAAACUAUUAUUUACCUCCUUCCCGCAGGAACCUUUUGCGAAUUCCUCCCCAUCAUUACCAACGUCAUUCUAGGUCUUCCUCAAAUCCUGAGCUCUUUCCUCAUGAUUAUGAUUUGUUGUCUCACAGAUUGUGCCGGUGCCACAGUUCUUGCUUAUGAACAACCGGAAGCCGAUGUACUUUUGAGGAAACCAAGAGAUGUUAAGAAAGAUAAGCUGGUUGAUUGGAAAUUGUUGUUUCAUGCUUACAUCUUUCUGGGUGUGCAAGAGGCUAUUGCGUCGUUUGCGAUGGCUUAUUGGUAUUGUCAACGGAGAGGAGUCACAUUUUCGAUAUUGUGGUUGGGCUAUGGAAAGUAUCCGCCUCAUUUGAGUGAUGCAUAUGUUCAGCAAGUGUUGGCUGUGGCUAGUAGUAUUUAUUUUGUCAAUUUGGUUAUCAUGCAGUGGUUUAAUUUGAUGGCAACUCGUACCCGUCGCCUCUCAAUUUUCCAACAACCACCUGCAUUCAAUAAAGCAACACAAAAUCUCUGGCUAUUCCCGGCAAUACUUUUCGCCCUCGUCGUUAUAUUCAUAUUCCUCUACAUACCAGGAUUGGCGUCUGCAAUCAACAGUAGCCCAAUUCCAGUGGAGUAUUUCUUCUUGCCGUUGGCUUUCGUUCGAUUCCUCGAUCUCAUCAAACCCUUCUCGCCGUUCCUCCCUGAGGUUCAGCAACCCGAGACAAAGGUCCCAUUCAACCAAAAGUUGAUGUGGACGGGUUUGACAUUAUUGAUAUUCUUGGUUAUGAGCCAAAUGCCAUUGUAUGGUAUUGUGUCCUCAGAUACCUCCGAUCCUUUAUACUGGUUGAGAAUGAUGUUGGCAAGUAACAGAGGUACCUUGAUGGAAUUGGGUAUUACACCAAUUAUCUCCUCCGGAAUGGUUUUCCAACUUCUUGCUGGUACCCAUUUGAUUGAUGUUGAUCUUGACUUGAAGGCUGAUCGCGAGUUAUAUCAAACCGCGCAAAAGCUCUUCGCUAUUAUCUUGUCAAUGGGUCAAGCUACUGUUUAUGUCUUCACUGGAUUGUACGGUCAACCAUCUGAUCUCGGUGCUGGUGUCGUCUGCCUUCUCAUCCUUCAAUUGGUUGUUGCUGGUUUGAUUGUCAUUCUCCUUGAUGAGCUCCUCCAGAAGGGAUACGGUCUUGGAAGUGGUAUCUCUCUCUUCAUCGCUACCAACAUCUGCGAGUCUAUCAUCUGGAAAGCAUUUUCUCCCACUACCAUCAACACCGGUCGUGGCCCAGAAUUCGAAGGUGCCGUUAUCGCACUCUUCCACUUGCUUUUGACAUGGCCAAACAAGCAACGUGCUCUCCAAGAGGCUUUCUAUAGGCAACAACUCCCCAACAUCAUGAACCUUUUGGCUACAAUCGUCGUUUUCGCAACCGUUAUCUACCUCCAAGGUUUCCGCGUUGAGAUCCCAGUCAAAUCUUCCCGCCAACGUGGUGCUCGUGGUUCUUACCCAGUCCGUCUUUUCUACACCUCCAACAUGCCAAUUAUGCUUCAAUCCGCCCUCUCUUCCAACGUCUUCCUUAUCUCCCAAAUGUUGUACUCCCGCUUUUCCGAGAACUUGCUUGUCCAACUUUUCGGUGUUUGGGAGGCAAAGGAGGGUUCAGCACAACUUUUCGCUACAUCCGGUAUCGCAUACUACAUGUCCCCACCUUUGAACUUCACCGAUGCUCUUCUCGACCCAAUCCACACUGCCGUCUACAUUGUUUACAUGCUUGUCGCAUGUGCCAUCUUCUCCAAGACUUGGAUUGAGGUUUCCGGUUCCGGCCCAAGAGACGUUGCUAAGCAACUCAAGGAUCAAGGACUUGUCAUGGCUGGUCACAGAGAACAAAGCAUGUACAAGGAGUUGAAGCGCAUUAUUCCAACUGCUGCCGCAUUUGGUGGUGCUUGUAUUGGUGCCCUCUCUGUUGGUAGUGAUUUGAUGGGAGCUCUCGGCUCUGGCACUGGUAUUUUGUUGGCUGUCACUAUUAUCUACGGAUACUUUGAAAUCGCCGCAAAGGAGGGUGAUAUGGCCGGCAUGAAGGGCAUGAUCAUGGGAUAA